GAUGCAAGUGUCCAUCGCCUGCACGGAGCACAGCCUGAAGGGUCGCAAUGGGGAUGAGCGGCUCGCCGGCAAGCAGCCCGCCGCCGGCGCCGGCGCGGUGAGCGCCGCCCGCGCCAAGUUCCGGACCGUGGCCAUCAUCGCCCGCAGCCUGGGCACCUUCACCCCGCAGCACCACAUCUCCCUCAAGGAGUCCACCGCGAAGCAGACUGGCAUGAAGUACAGAAACCUCGGGAAAUCCGGGCUGCGGGUUUCGUGCCUGGGCCUCGGGACGUGGGUCACCUUCGGAGGGCAGAUCUCCGACGAGGUCGCCGAGCAGCUGGUGACCAUCGCCUACGAGAGCGGCGUGAACCUCUUCGACACGGCCGAGGUGUACGCGGCCGGCAAGGCGGAGGUGAUCCUGGGAAACAUCCUCCGGAAGAAGGGCUGGAGGAGGUCCAGCCUGGUCAUCACAACGAAGCUGUUCUGGGGCGGAAAGGCCGAGACGGAGAGAGGCCUCUCGCGCAAGCACAUCAUCGAAGGGCUGAAGGCCUCCCUGCAGAGGCUGCAGCUGGAGUACGUGGACGUGGUCUUUGCGAACCGCCCGGACAGCAACACCCCCAUGGAAGAAAUUGUGCGCGCAAUGACACACGUGAUAAACCAGGGCAUGGCGAUGUACUGGGGGACGUCACGCUGGAGCGCCAUGGAGAUCAUGGAAGCGUACUCGGUGGCCAGGCAGUUCAACAUGAUCCCGCCGGUGUGCGAGCAGGCCGAGUACCACCUCUUCCAGCGGGAGAAGGUCGAGGUCCAGCUGCCGGAGCUGUAUCACAAGAUCGGGGUCGGCGCGAUGACGUGGUCUCCGCUCGCCUGCGGCAUCAUCUCAGGGAAAUACGGGAACGGGGUCCCCGAGAGCUCGCGGGCCGCGCUGAAGUGCUACCAGUGGUUAAAAGAAAAAAUCGUAAGCGAAGAAGGAAGAAAGCAGCAAGUGAAGCUGAAAGACCUCUGCCCCAUUGCGGAGCGGCUCGGGUGCACACUACCUCAGCUUGCCGUCGCCUGGUGCCUGCGAAACGAGGGGGUCAGCUCUGUCCUGUUGGGCUCUUCCAACCCGGAGCAGCUGAUCGAGAACCUUGGAGCCAUACAGGUUCUUCCAAAGAUGACAUCACAUAUUGUAAAUGAAAUAGAUAAUAUUCUGGGAAAUAAGCCCUACAGCAAGAAGGACUACAGAUCAUAAUGCAAUGCAUGACUUACCUGGACUGCAUGGUUUAAUAGUGCUCUGUACGCGUAGUACAGUACUGAAUUAAUAUCCGGUCAUGAGAAUCAUUCAGCAGCUUGCUGCUCGGUGUCUACUGUUACUGGAUCCUUCGAGAUGUGUGCUGUUGCUACCAAUCUGCAGUGGAAUUUAAAAGCACAGUUGAUCUCUCUUACAACUGAGAAUGAUCUCGUAUUUUCUUACCUUCAACUGAAAUCAUCAGUUUUUACUUUACUCUUAGCACCUCAUGCUUGUGCUGUGAAAAACAUGUAAAGCAAAAAAUAAUUUAUAACCUUUAGGUACUUGGUAAUUUAAGAAGGAUGUACAGAUAUAUUUUUUCAAUGAAUAAAGCCAGAUACAACUUAAGGUUUUAAUAAAUCCACAUAUGGGAAAUUCCAACUAUAGUUUCUUCAGUUAGAUUAACAGAUAGAACGAGCAAGUUCAAAUUUACCAUUUUUUUUUUUUUAUGCUGAAUACAGGCUUUAGAUUUAGUUUGUAAUUGAAUAAGGGACUUAAGUCAGAAAAUUAGUUAGAAAUCCUAUAGCUCAACUCCUAACUAUACUGAUUAUUUCAGACGUGGAGUGCUCCUAAGAAGUACUUCUGAGUACAAGUCCGAAGAGCAGAGUAAGAGCCUGAACCUAGCAGGUUAAUGAAAACAACUGCUGUUUGCAGAAUUCUAGUUCUACGCAGAUUUUAAACCAAUGAAUCCAUAAGAUACUGUUUUUUGCAAUUUACGGAAGUCUGCCUCUACUUUUGCCUGCUUGUAGACAUAAUUAUUGCAAGUUCCAAUAUUCAUGAGCUUUUAAGGAUAUAGCUACUUUUAAACAUGUAUUAUAUAAAGCUGCUGAAAAAUACCAGAACAAUCAGGUAUGUAUUUUGGUGGAGGGCUACAUUUCGCUUUAACUUGUUCUGGAAUCAGGCGUGAGUAAAUGCGUAGUAUUUUUAAGAUACAUUUUAAAUGAGUAGGAGGUUUUUGGUGAGCGUUUCAUCCCUCUAAGGAGUUGAUGGUCAACAUUAAUUUGCCCAUUUUAAGAACCACAUUAUAUUUUUACCAUGACUUUGCUUUGUAAAAUGCACCUAUGAUUUCAGUACAUAUAUCACACUUGUAUUGAAUAAUCAUACUUCCUGAAGGGUACGAUUAUGUACAGUAUUUGUAGGACCCUUGUAUUCUAUUUCCCUUAACUUCAUGGUAUCUGCAAAGUGUGCACAGCACUUUGGUGCCACACAGACAGAUACUUGAUUUGUUUUUUUCUUUUCCUGUAUUUAAUUCAAUGAGCUAUGGUAUGUGUAAAUGAACUUAGUUGCUGUAUAUCAGGAACUGCAAUCUGACUUUGACUUCUGCUUGGACACAAUAAAAGCAUUUUGUGCAUCUGA